AUGCUUGAGUCUGCUGAAACUGAGAUUGCACUGGAGGACACGUGGACGGAUGCGAAAAACGCCUGUGUUGACUGGGCUGAUCCCGAAGACGUUCUGUGCAAUGGCUGGACAUUUCUGCGCAUCAUGGGCUUUCACCCCGCCUUGUCCAAGUAUGCGGACACCCACGUAGAGGAAAAGGAACUUUGGCGGAAUAUUUUUAUGGAUCCCUCCCGUACGGAGGAGCAGAAGGAGGCGCUGCAGUGGUGGCUUCAAAAUGAUCUGCUGCUGCUUCGCGAGGAGCGUUGGUGCCGGCACUGCAGAAGUCAAGGGCACACUCGACGGAAUUGCGAUCAGCUGUGUCUGGGUGCAGGCACGGAGAGAGACGUCAAUGGCAUUGUUGGUGGACAUGGGACGCUGGGGCGAAGUCGCAUCAUGUCACGCUUCGUCGCCCACCAGGCGGAGAUUGAGCGUUGCAAGCUUUUGCAAGAGAAGCAGUUGAAGGGGUCCUCUGCCUGCUUUCUUGGAAGGAGAAACGGCGCGGAAGGGGCACAGCAGAGGCGUGGGGGCAAUAACCAAUUUAUGCGCCCCAAGCCAAAGAAGGAGCUUCUGCUCUUUGCGGAGGAGCGACGUCACGGGGCCGUGGGACGCAUCGAUACGAAUUACGGCAUCGGCUUCAUACGGGUUCCCGGGGUGGGUGACGUGAAGUUUUUCAUGGAUCGUGUGGACUAUGGUGUCAAGGAGAUUGCCGUUGGUGAUGCCGUGACACUCAAGAUCGAUCACAGCCGAGAGUACCCACUUGCCGUUGAUAUUCGACCUGAACGGCCCAACAUCACGCUGGAGGAUACGCAAAAGUUCCUGCAGCGCUGCAAAGUCGCGACGCAGCCCAUAGAUGUCAUCAAGGCUAUUAUGACGCACACGCAUGAGUGGCAUGUCGUUUUGGGCCUGCUGCUUGGCAUGCCGGCAGCCGCCUUCGUCGACGCGGUGCAUACGCUUGUGGAGCUCACCACCUUUGUUGGCAACCGAGAACCCAUUCAUAUCCCGUUGCUUGAGUCGUUCCUUGCGUUGAUGCUGCGCACCUCAAAGAAGGCGGACGUCGCCCCUUUUUUCCCCACAAUGCUGCUCGAUGCGCUCGUGAAGAGUGGGGAGCUCAAGCUUGAGGAAGAGAUGCCAAUGAUGGUGGAGCGCUGGAUGGAAGUGGUGAACCUUAUCCUGCUCCUCCGGCACUACACGGGUGCCACCGCCGACCUCACUGGGGAGGUGGAGGCGACGCUGACAUCACUGCUGACGGCAAGCCACGCCGCCGCCGCCGCCGCCGCCGCCGCCGCCGCCGCCGCCGCCUCCUCCUCCUCCUCCUGCUGCGUGGCAGCAAAAACAACGGCGCCAGGAGGUGGUGUGCCAGUAGUGGUAGCAGCAGCCAGAAGGAGGAAAAUAGAGGCCGCUCUACGGCGUUUGCGGUGCCAGCAGUGGGAGGAGGUGGCAACCCUGCUCAUUCCCACCGCCGAGGAAUUUGCCGUCCCUCCGCCAGACCCCCACUCUGUUUUCACGCCCAAGAACCUCCCUGUGAAUGGUGCGACGGAGUAUGACUCCACGGAGACCUUUAUCACGGAUCAGUGUCGUCUCCUACGCGCUGACACCUUUGAGUCGGUGAGUCGCCUUCUUCCUGCAGUAAGUUAUACACUCCCGCACUACAAGCCUACGGCCGAAACUGAGGCGGAGAUUCCAUACGCGCGGGUGUUCGACAGAGUUCGCUUCAUGGGUCGUGUGUUGACGCGGGACAAGGACUACGCCUCACCCGACAGCUACAUCUUAUACGUGCAGCCGAAGAGUGCAAUGGCAGACGUUUCCGCACAACUUCUCCCCGGCACCACGGUGUGCAUUACGACGAGUCUCGACCGCAGUGUCAUUUCCGCAGGUGAAAUUUUCUGGGGCCUUGUGACCUCGUGUAACGCACAAUUUUUGGCUGGGGGUUUGAUCGUCGUGGCGCCCUGUGAGUCGAGCGUCGGGUUUGAUACUUUAAUUGAAAAUCUGAAGCGCAACGAACGACUUGGCAAGACCGAUCACUCCUGCAUCCUGAUGACGUCCAUCUUCAUGAUAGGCUACAAAAGUAUCAUGAAGGCGUUGAGUGCUUUUCUUGGUCCGCUUGCGAUGCCGCUUCCUCUGGCUUCCACUUUGGUGAGCGCCGAGGCUGCCGCAAAGGCGCCUGCGUCGGCCAAGGCAAACCUCAGAAGCCCGGGGGAUCUUGUCUCCUACGUUCCGCCCCACUGCGAGUCUUCCUUCUUGGAACUUAUUGAUACGGUUAACGAUCGCUUUGCGCUUGACGCGGGCCAGGAGGAGGUGAUGCGCUGCCUUCCUACCUCCGACGUUCUGCUGGUGCAGGGACCACCAGGUACAGGCAAGUCAUUUAUCGGGUGCCGUGUGGUGGAGGUGUACAUUCGCUACAAGCAACUGGUGGCUUCGGGAGACAUCCUUCGUUCCAUUGACGUGGAUCAGCUUCGCUCUACCUCGGCCGAGGACAUGUUGCCCAAAGUUGGACCUAUUGUUAUCAUCACAUACAAGAACCACGCCCUGGAUGAAUUCCUCGCGGACUUGCUGCGGAGUGGAUUGUGGGAAGAUGAGAGACCCCGCAUUGCUCAACAGCUCAUUGGGGGGGCUUUCAAGGGCGCCUCCGACCUUUUUCCACGUGGCAAGCGUAUUGUGCGCAUCGGUGGUCGCUCCCGAGAGUCUAUGCUGGACGCCUACAAUCUUGGCACCUUGCUCCGAACAAAGACGGACAAGACGGCGCUCAACAGCCUCAAGGAGCGUUUGUUUCUCAUGACUCAGCGACUAGAGCGGCUGCUCAAGGAAAUUCACUACUUGGAAUCUGGGCGGGUGCCCAAGUCCCUUUUUGAGAGGUGGCUCACAGAGGAGCAGCGGAAGUCGUUGCGCUACGAGGACCGCGACGAGUGGCUGCAGGGGAAGCAGUACGUCGGCACCUCCACCCGCACCGCGGAGCGGACGCUCUUCCUUGACCUCCUUCGAACGCAGCUGUCGGCGUGCCUGGACGCGGUGCAGCGGCGUUCCACGGCCGCCGCCGCGGCUUCUGGGACCGCCGAGGCGGACGAAGACGGCGGCGCACCGCUUAGCGUCUUUCAGGAGAUGCGCCGGGAAGAGGAGAGCCGCGACUUUAACGACGCACUUCCCACAACGUACCUCUCCGCUGAGGCGAUGGAACUGGCGCGGCAUCCGCCCAAGUGCCCCGAAGGUGUGCCAGAGGAACUGCUUUCACUCUGGAGCCUUGAUCCUGUGCUUCGUCAUGAGUACUACGCCUUUCUUAUCCGCGACUGCAUCUCCGCCAAGGCACGAGACUGCCAGUUGAUUAUGGACGCCAUCCUGAAUGUCGUGACAAUACGCAACCAUGCCAUGGAUGAGGUGAAGUUGGAGCUGCUUCAGGGAGCAGACGUGGUUGGACUCACAACUACUGGUUGUGCUAAAAAUCAAAAUCUGUUACGCUCGCUGCGUCCAAGUGUGCUGGUGGUGGAAGAGGCUGCCGAGGUUCUCGAGUCACAGCUACUUGCAUGUAUGACCGAUUCUCUGCAACAGGUUGUGCUUGUUGGCGACCACUACCAAUUGCAGCCGAAGGUCGAGACGUUUGUCUAUGAGAAAGUCAAUAAGCUUAACAUGUCUCUCUUUGAACGCCUCGCGAGACGCAUUCGACCCAUUUGUCUGACGGAGCAACGUCGCAUGCAUCCGCUCAUCUCGCGGCUGGUGCGGCCUUUUUACCAGACGCAGGCCUUGCUGGACAAUGAGGGUCUCCUCACCCGACCCUUCAUCUCGGCUACUGGUGUGAAGUACAUUGACCGCCUACCAGGCUUGGCAAAGCGCGUCUUUUUCUGGCGUCACGGUCACCCAGAGGAGGAGCCGUCGGGCAGCCGCAGCAAGGUCAACGUUAAGGAGGUGGAGAUGGUGAGCAAGCUUGUGGCGCACCUGACGUCAGAGGGGGUGCAUCAGAAGUCCAUCACGGUAAUAACCCCGUACCUCGGUCAGUGUCGGAUGCUUCGCACCUCACUGCGCCUACGCGCCUUCAGCGAAGUUGCCGUGAGCACGGUGGAUCUUUUUCAGGGGGAUGAGAACGACGUCGUGAUUCUCUCCCUGGUGCGAACGGAACGUCUAACGGAGUUUUUGCGGAUGCGAAACCGCAUGAUCGUCUCCUGCAGUCGUGCACGCUUUGCGAUGGUCAUGGUUGGCAGCGACGCUCUUCUGCAGCACUCGGAGCACUGGAAACAGGUUCUGGCCAUGCUACAGCAAGAUAAUUGUGUGGGUGAUCGACUGCCCAUCACUUACCGUGCAUCUCCUGAAGAAAUUGUUUGGAUGGAUGCCUAG